AAAAGACAGAGUCCAACGCACCGUUUGGACUUAGGGUUCGGUUUUCCCCCUUUUUUUCCCCUACCGGCUACCGCAGGCCUCUCUGUCUCUGUCUCUGUCUCUCUCUCUCUCUCUCUCUCAGCUUGCUCACUCUCCAUAACUGCUCUCUCACUCUCCCCACAGAUCCCCUCUCUCUCAUCUCUUAAUCUCUCUCUCGUCUCUACGUCUCCUUGGCUUCCCACCUGUGCGCCACCCAAACCGGCGACACUGUGAUGCUUCAUAGCACCAGGUCAUCGCCAUGCUCUUCCGCCGCCACUUCGUCACGCCGUUCGUCUAGCCCCUUUGCCUGGUCCGUCGGCCGGCGCCGCCCAUACCGUUUCCAAUACUCAGUAUCUUCCCUACCGUUGCCUCCGUUCAUGCCUUGUACUCCGUCUGGCCAACACGUCGCUGCCAGUCCCUCCGGACCCCAGUGUCGGUAAGUACGACAACGUUCCAUCCCGCACCGUUCCAUCACCAAGUCCAGUUGAACAUCGCUUCAAGCUUAGUGAGUUAACAAGUAGAUCUUGAGAGAAGAGCUGAAAAGUACAAGAGCUGCUAAAUUUGGCAGCAUGAAUGUACAAGGUUUUGUUGAUCAUUCACAAAUGAAGCCAUCUGUUGUUCUAACUGGAACAGCAAAGGAAGGUAGUAAUGCGCCUCCCGUUGGUCUUGUUGACAUUGGCACAAGUGAAGGGGCCUACCUUUUUCGAGUUGCACUUCCUGGAGUUCGAAAGGAUCAAUCAGGCAAAUUAAAAUGCGAAAUCCAACGUGAUGGUCGGGUUCAUAUAGAAGGAGUAAUAACACGUGCAGGAGUUUUGAAAGACACGUCAACUGUAUACCAGAUGAAAGUCCAGGAAUUAUGCCCAUCCGGACCAUUCACCAUUUCUUUUAAUCUGCCUGGACCGGUGGACCCCCGAUUGUCUUCUCCAACUUUCCGGCCUGAUGGCAUCCUGGAAGUAGUAGUUUUUAAACAAAGAACACCUGCAACAGAUGGCAGGUUCCCACCUCCGUGACCUUUAUACAAAGAGCUGCAUUCUUUUUGCUCUGGGAGGACUGCAUAGCACUUAGGUAUGGUUUACUUCCGUAUUGAGUAUUGAAAAUUGAAGAAACCAUGGGUAUCGACAUCCACUCUUGUUUUAAGUGGGCGUUCAAUUAAAAGCUAAUUGAAUGACUGGUCAGUGGUAUCUGUUAUGCAUUAUUGCUCCAACAAUUGUGCUCAAAACGUCAUGGAUUUGGCUUGUGGUUGUGAUGUCAAAGAUGAUAAUUAAGUUCAGAUACAGUAUAAUUUAUGAUCA